CUCGGCUCUGCGCGUAUCUGCAGUGUACUUCCCUGACCUGGCUUCAUCCCUCCCACAGACGAACUUUUAAGCUUCUGCCCUGAUUCUCUCCGUUUAACGAAUUGGUAGCAAGCUAUGAUAACGACACCUCAUGCGUUGAGGACUGUGCUGAGGCAGCCCGCACGGCGCUCUGCAACCGUGCAAGCCCACGCCUUACAGCCAUCGGCCCGCUGCCGCCAGGCCAGUUUUCGAUGUUACCACCCAGGUGUAGGUGCAGAUCAAGCCACGCGACCGACACGAACCCACUCCCGACUUCGCAGAGCCGUCAGAUUUGGCGCGUUUGGGCUGCUCUUUGCCAGCCUGGGAUUCGCCGCGGCGGCAACUCCUCUCGUACCUGGUCUCCUUGAUGUGACACGGUAUCGGUCUGACGAGGAUAGUCUGCGCGCUUUUGUUCCGGAGGAUGACGAGGCUCGAGAAGUCGACGACUUCAUCAACCGUCACCCCCUUGCGGCGGAGAUGCGGCAGAACCCUGACAUGAUAGAGUCUCGUCCUCAUAUGAGGCUCCCUGAAGCACUGCGACGUCACAACCUCACGGGUGGCACGCUCCUGGGGCCCGGUCGCAUUACGGUGCCCCCUGUCUGCUGGACCGAGAAGGGUGGCAAGUCGUUCGUGUCCAUCUCCCACCUUGGCACAGAUAUGUGUGGUCAUCCUGGUAUCGUUCAUGGUGGACUACUAGCUACCAUGCUUGACGAGGGCCUGGCGCGGUGCUGUUUUGGCGCGCUUCCGCAUAACGUGGGUGUCACAGCCAGACUGGAAAUUAACUAUAAGAAACCGGUGCAGGCGGGCACUUACGUUGUCAUGCGGGCGCGGACAAUGAGGGUUGAGGGGCGUAAGGCGUGGGUCGAGGGUCACUUGGAAACGCUGGCGGUGAACGGAGAGGAGCCUGAGAUUCUGGCGCAGGCUUCUGCACUGUUUGUCUCUCCUAGGUUUGCAAUGGUCAUGGCGAAACUUAACGCGACUUCCUGAGAAAAGAGCUAUUGUGUAACGACGCCUGCAAGACCAUUGAUAAGCCAGGCCUGCCUGGCAUAUAUGUCAUGGACAGUUCUAGUUCUGUAAGACGGCUAAACCCGCCUGAACGUAGACGAGGAUGAUGGUAUAUAAGCCUUAAACAACCGGCUACUUGCGAGAGACGCAAACGAGCGACAUCUAUACCAUUCACGCGCUUAUACGUGACUGGAGUUUUUGAUGUUUUUUCUUGUAACACAACAUAGACGCCAAGAAGUUGGCAUAGUAUGGAUCUGCAUGGGAAGCGAGGGAAAUUGCUUUCGGCACAGCGUAUGAUCGUUGAGAACAUCGCAGACGAUAGACAGCUAGCUCCGCCAUGAAACGAUGCCGACGAGGAAAAUAUACAAUAC